AUGGUUGCCUUAUUACCAAUUUCAUUUUUUUCUUUAUCUGCGGCUUACCUUUUAAGCAACAUUUCUCCAUCCUCUCAAAGCGCAGUAGAUUACAUUGAACAGGAACCACUAGAUAUACUAAACCUAGAAGAAGGUGAUUUAGAAGUAACCGAACAAUGGAAAGAUAAUGAAUGGCACAACUGGAAGUUGAAAUUGGAGGAAGAUUGGGAUUCCUUUUCUACAUCUUUGAUUAGGGAUAAGAAAGAUUUCAUGAAAAUAAAAACGGAUGAAUUAAAUGGAUGGCUUAAUCUCGAGGAAAAUAAAUGGAAUAAUUUUUCUGGAUAUUUGAGUGAUGGAUACAAAAAUUAUCUAUUAAAGAAAUCCGAAAAAUGGAAUGAUGCUGACUGGGAAAACUGGGCAAAUACAGAGAUGGUAGCUCAUCUUGAUAAAGAUUAUCACUUAUGGUCUUUAAAUACAGAAAGAUCCGUAAAUGCAUUAGUAAGAGGAGAAUGGAAUCAAUGGCAACAUGACAAAAUGUCAUCCUGGUUAUCUAGUGAUUGGAAAAAAGUUGGAGCCAUGUAUUGGGAUUUACAGGAAAGUAGAAACUGGGCUUCAUAUUCACACACAGAUGAUAUGAAAGAGCACUGGAUCAAAUGGAAUGAUAGAAAUGCUAGAGAAAAUAUUGAAUGGUCAAAAUGGGUGCAAAACAAAGAAUAUUUUAUUAUGUACGCAAGGCACAGUGAUAUUGAACAAUGGAAAUAUGAUAAUUAUGCCUUAUACAGCACCUGGAGAAAUGACUUUAUUAACAGAUGGGUAAGUGAAAAAAAAUGGAAUUCAAUACUCAAUUAG